UUCUCCCUGAUCGGCUGAUCGGACUGACGGAAAACAUGGAGGUUAUGAGUUAUCACGACGUGGAAAUCGUUUGGGGGAAAGAAUUCGCAGUAUUCGGAUCGCGUUAUACCAAUUUAAACAGAUUUAAGAAAUGUGUUGGAGGAUGACAAACACAUAGAAAAAUCCAAUGCUGAGCAAAUAAUUUAUUAAUCGUCUCCUCUAGUCUCAUAAAUAGUAAAAUGCAAUAACGAAAUUUGAACGAAUUCAACGCGAGGAAUAUUUAUAUUUAAAAAUAAGGAGGAAGCGUUAAUCAGAGAAACACGAUUAUCGAAAAUAGAAAUCACGGAAGAUAUAAAGAAGAGAAAAAAAGUCACGAAAAUUUAUAUCGAAAAAAAGAUAACGCUAAUUUCUCUUUUCUUGAUAAACGUUAUCAGCAUUAAUGGCUGUGUUGUGGCAUUAGAUAGUAGACUCGAUAAACUUCGACGAAGAACGUGAAGAUCUGUACUGCUGGAUGCCUGGACUUGCAAAACGCUGAGAUAGACGGCCUAGACUUCUGGGCCACCUUAGGAAGUUCAGAAACGUCAAAAUCGUGGUACUCAGAUCCAUCAAGAAUCUGAUAUCCAAUUAAAAAGAACAACGUGAACUUGAUUUAUUAUCGACAUGGCAACUGGCGAUGACAGACGUGUCGCUCUAAUAACAGGUAUCACCGGCCAGGAUGGCUCUUACUUGGCAGAAUUCUUACUGGAGAAGGGAUACGAUGUGCACGGUAUCAUCAGGCGGGCCAGCUCAUUUAACACCGGACGUAUCCAGCAUCUUUACGAGGAUCCAAAAUGUCAUCGGCAAGGCAAAAUGAAACUGCAUUACGGUGACAUGACAGACUCCAGUAGUCUAAUCAAGAUCAUUAGCGCGAUACAGCCGACAGAGAUUUAUAAUCUCGCGGCGCAAAGUCAUGUUAUGGUAAGCUUUGAAGUAAGCGAAUAUACCGCGGAAGUAGAUGCGGUAGGAACGAUAAGAAUAUUGGACGCGAUACGCACGUGCGGCUUAGAGAAGUCUGUAAAAUUUUAUCAAGCGUCGACGUCCGAACUUUACGGCAAAGUACUGGAAGUUCCGCAGAAUGAAAAAACACCAUUUUACCCACGCUCUCCAUACGCUUGCGCAAAGUUAUACAGCUUCUGGAUCGUCGUGAAUUACAGGGAAGCGUAUAACAUGUUUGCGUGCAAUGGCAUAUUGUUCAAUCACGAAAGCCCGCGGAGAGGAGAGACUUUUGUCACGAGAAAGGUGACGAGGUCUAUAGCGAAAAUACACUUGGGUCUGCAGGAUGUGCUCGAAUUAGGGAAUUUAGACGCAAAGCGAGAUUGGGGCCAUGCGAAAGAUUACGUGGAAGCGAUGUGGUUGAUGCUCCAACAAACGCAGGCGGACGAUUAUGUCAUAGCGACGGGGGAAACGCACAGCGUGAGGGAAUUUGUAGAAAUAGCAUUCCAAUAUGUAGGUCGUACAAUUAAAUGGCAAGGCGAGGGUCUGAAUGAGACGGGGCAGGACGCACAAACCGGUCAAGUAUUGGUUCGCAUAAAUCCGAAAUACUUCCGUCCAACCGAAGUGGAUGUGCUUCUAGGUGAUGCAUCGAAAGCAAGAAACAAAUUUGGAUGGAAACCAACAGUUACGUUUAAGGAGCUCGUGAAAGACAUGAUGGACUCUGACUUGGAAUUAAUGUCAAAAAAUCCAAACGCUUAACAGCGUUACGCAUGAUGCAAAACGCAUUUAUCAUUUUGUUUAUGUAUGAAACGACAGUAUUUAAAAGUUUAUUUACUUUAUAAAUGUUAUAUAAAUAUUUUAAAAAUGUUUUCCUGCAACUCCUUGGAGUGAAUAAGAUUUUUACUAAAUAACGUAAUACCUUAUCAUUAGUUCUCGCGAGAAGGUUGUUGAAAUGUCUAAUAAUCGUAAGGUGAAACAUCUAAGAACAUAUUGAACUAUCAGUAAUUAUUAGAAAGAGAGAAAAAAGAGGCAGUAGCAGCAGCUAUGAUUUUAUAUUCAAAUAAAGCAAUGAAAUAUGACCUU